UGAUUAGACAAACCACAUCACCCACGCAGGAAGGGUUCCUAUAAAGCCGAGUGCUGUCAAAUCCUCUUUGACAGACAUCCCAUCAUGAACAUGCUUAUCGUGCCAGCGCUGGUCCUGCUCUCUGGUUCACUCUGUGGUGCCUCAGUGGUGGAUCCUGUUCCCACCUUUGACCACCGAGACCCGGUAACCGGAGAAAUCCUCAAAUGUCGCAAGUGUCCACCGGGCACGUUCAUGUCUGCUCAUUGCACUGCCACCACACCCACACAGUGUCAGCCGUGCAAAAAUGGCCACUUCACCGAUCUGUGGAACUACCUGCCCAGGUGUCUGUACUGCAAUAACCUUUGCACAGGUAACCUGGAGGUGGAAACAGAGUGCUCCCCGACAACCAACAGGAUCUGUCGGUGCAAAGAAGGCUUUUACUCGGCUGAUGACUUCUGUAUCAGGCACACAGAGUGUGGCCCCGGAUACGGGGUUCAAACUAAAGGUACACAGCAGACAAACACCGUUUGUGAAACGUGUCCAGAGGGAUAUUUUUCCAGCUCAUCUUCUGCAGUGGAUUUGUGUGUAAAACAUCAGGAGUGCUCCAGCGGGCAGAGCGUACUCCUCACUGGCUCAGCCUAUUCUGACACCGUGUGUGGCACCUGUGAGAGUCUUGCAAACGGAGGUGAGACUCUCAGGACAUUCCUCUCAGGAUUCUUCCAUGCACACAGGAUGCGUGUAGGAAAAAUCAAGAAGUUUGUUUCCAAAUACAUCCUUACCUCGUUGAAAGAGAGGUGCAGUCUCCCCAAACAGAGAGAGCCUCUCAUGGAUCACAUCAUAGACUGGCUGGCAAAGGCUCCGGAGGAAAAGCUGAGGAAGAUUCCCGACAUGCUAACAGCUUCAGAUCUUAACUCCAUGGCAGAAAAACUAAAGAAGAGACUCCAUGAGAUUAAGCAGCAGAACCCAAACUGCAGCUUAACAAUAGAGUACUUCAAAUUGCACUGGUAUACUCAUUCAAAUUGA